AGCACGAUGAUUCGCGGUGCUAAAGCUGAUGCGAAGCCCCGAGGCCGUAUGACAGCGUACGCUUACUUUGUGCAAACAUGCCGAGAGGAGCACAAGAAGAAGCAUCCCGAUGAGACAGUCAUCUUUGCCGAAUUCUCCCGAAAGUGCGCUGAGCGAUGGAAGACAAUGGUGGAUAAGGAGAAGAAGCGCUUCCAUGAGAUGGCCGAAAAAGAUAAGGCGCGAUAUGAGAUGGAGAUGCAAAAUUAUGUACCGCCCAAAGGGACCGUGGUAGGACGUGGCAAGAAGAGGAAAAUGAUUAAGGACCCGAACGCGCCGAAAAGAUCAUUAUCUGCAUUCUUCUGGUUUUGCAAUGAUGAACGUAACAAAGUUAAAGCUGCGAAUCCAGAGUACGGUGUUGGCGAUAUAGCCAAAGAGCUCGGCCGUAAAUGGUCCGAUGUGGAACCAGAGGUUAAACAAAAGUACGAGUUAAUGGCUGAGAAGGACAAGGCGCGCUACGAGCGGGAAAUGACCGAGUACAAAACUAGCGGGAAAAUACCGAUGUCCGCGCCUUCAAUGCAAGCACAGCAGGCUGCAGCGCAGAAAGCCGCGUUACUCGCUGCAAGUUCGCAGCAGCAUGAGGAGCAUGGAGACGAUGAUGGCGACGGUGAUGAUGAUGAAAAUCAAUAGAUUUAAGCAAAUACAAAAUAAACAAGAAAAAGUAAAAGGAGGAGCAUAUAAGAUAAAAAAAAACAAAAGAAAAAUAUACAAAAAAAGAAAGAAUUAACAAUUUUCCACUCAAAAAAGAAAAUGGAACUUAUAUAACGUAAUAUUUAAGUGAAUAAAACCAGAAAUAUUGAAUGAGACAUAAAAAUCAAGCAAAAAGUAACAAAUAUUAAAACAAUAAAACAGACGAGAAUUAAAAACAAAGUAAUGAAAUUUAACAGGGAGAAAGUACAUACAACUAUGUAAAAUACAAAAUGUAGUAUAUACAUACAUAUGUAUGCCGUAAAUGCAAAAUCAAAGCUAAAAGUAGUUGUAGCUCCAGCAAGCACUAUCAAGGAAAUCCAAGACACAAUAUGCUGUACUAAAAAAGUAACAAUACUUUAAAUCAACACUGCUUUUAAAAAUCAUGGCGGCACAUACAACCGAGACAAGUACGUACAUCUUCAUUCAUUUGUUAUUAAAUUUUCGUUAAACCAUCAACCACUGCAUAAGGAUUUUUAAAAAGUGAAGACUCCAAAUAAUCUACUCCCCAAAACAAAAAUUACUACUCAUUUUGAGUGUUGAAAUACACACAACCGAUCAACAUAACAGCAAAUAUUACAAAAAAAAAAAAAAUACAAAAACAA